GUUUGAGUGAAUAUACUUUUCGUGAUGGACAUUUUUGAAGGAAUCCACCGUGUGCAGCUCUCCUGCUCUCCUCCAGCACGGCCCCGGUCUGUCCCAGGGUACGAGCUGCUGGUGGCAGGGAAUUCUGGGAUAGCAGUGUACUCCUCACCCACGUUCUUCGGGAAUGCUGAUCUUACGGAUCAGCACACGGCAGAGGGAGAGAGAUGUCCGGUCGGGAGAUUGGUCGACCUGGAGCCAGAGGAGCGUGAUGGGGGGCAGAGGAAGAAGAUGCCCCCGGAGGAGGCAGGAGCACACAGACACGAGGCCUACGACAUGUCCCGUCUGCGGAGUUCCUCUCUGGAGAUCAAGGAAAAGGGAACAGAAUUCCUCAGAGACCAGCUGGAUGCUGCACAAAAGGAGCUGAAGCUGAAAGACGAGGAGUGUGUCAGACUGUCUCAUGUCAGGAAUCAACUCGAGCAGGAACUGGAGGAACUGACCGCCAGUCUGUUUGAGGAGGCUCAUAAGAUGGUGCGAGAGGCCAACGUGAAGCAGGCGGCGGCGGAGAAACAGCUGAAGGAGGCGCAGGGCAAGAUUGACGUCCUGCAGGCGGAGGUCUCUGCUCUGAAAACCCUGGUGUUGACCUCUACGCCCGCCUCCCCGAACCGCCAGCUCCACCCUCAGCUGCUGUCUCCGGGCUCCAGCCGGGCCCGGGGCCACACGCGCAACAAGAGCGCCAGCGGAGCCCUCCAGCUGCAGACGGAGCCACCGCCGACCGACGCAGCGGCAAACAGGGAGGACAGAGAGCUGGACUCGGUGUUGUUCGCGGAGUUCCUCUCGUGGAAGGAGAAGCCGGGUCUGGAUCGCUCCUCGGCGUUCAUCGGCCGGGUGUUCAGGGAAGAUAUCGGACCCUGCCUCUCAUUCACAUGUUCUGAGUUGUCUCAGUCUGUCCAGUGCGCCGUGGAGAACAACUCUCUCACCAUCGAGCCUGUAGCCAUGUCGUCGCUGCCCACGGUCAAAGACAUCGAGUGUGGAGGACCCAACGGUUGCCGGACACCGAUAGAAACUAAGUGCGCGUUGAGCGGGAUGUCCCGCCCCUGCCGACAUCGCAUCAAACUGGGAGAUAAAGAGAAUUACUACUAUAUAUCUCCGUCUAGCAGAGCACGGAUCACAGCGGUGUGCAACUUCUUCACUUACAUCAGGUACAUCCAGCAGGGCCUCGUCAGACAAGACGUUCAGCUGAUGUUUUGGGAAGUGAUGCGUCUGCGGAGAGAGAUGAGCGUGGCCAAACUGGGAUAUUUCCUGACGGAGGAGAGCUAGAGAAGCAGAAAACACAGAAACACAUCUCAACAUUCACUCACACACUCCCAUGUUCAUACAUGUAUUCAGGGAAACACUACAGAAGAACUCUUUCCCCUGAGCCAAUGGAAUAACAGCAUUGCAGUUCUGUGUUAUUUUUGCUUUUGGUAAACCCUAGUGUGUUAAAAAGAGGUAAACAUGUUAUAUUUCAAUUUUCCGGUAAAUAGUCUCUUAUAGUCAAACCUUAGGUUUUCAGCUCAUCUAGUGUUCCUGUUUACACACAGCGACGGACAACAAUCGGUCAAAUCUUAACCAGUUAAAUAGAAAGAUAGCAGAAGAAUUGGCUUUUAUUUGCUUUGUUUGUUUUCUCGGAAGUACUAUGUUACACACAUGUGAAUGUUUUAUAUGAUAAUUCCAACAAUAGAAGCAGUUCUCGAAUCAUAAGGCCGUUCUCGAGCUUGAACACUAUCUUGAAUAUGCAAUGCACUAAGGCGCUUUCUGUCCCAGCAUGCUUUGUGCACCGGUUACUUCUGUGCACAUUAGCUUUGAAUGGACAAUCCUCCACGGGUCUUUUCUAUGCAACCUCCUUAAAGUGCCAAGAAAUGUGCCACGCGAGUCUCGGUCUGUUACUACGGAGGUGUAUUGCAUUCACUUGAAGAAAAAAAAAUCUACUCUGUUUUUCUGAAUUA